UUAUUUUCUCACCUCUUAACUCUUUAUUAAUUUCAUAUAUAUUUCAAUGACAAGUCCGUGUGCGAUCAGAUUGUUUGAAAUGUUUUGCGCAAAUACAUUACACACACGAUUCAGAGAAAUUAUGUCUUCUUAUUUCUUUAUCUACAUUCAUAAAGGGAACAAAUUGUUUUCAAUUUUUGAAGAGAAGCUAUUAUUAUUGACUAAAACGAAGUGUCCAGCCUCUGCUGACAAACAACAACUGAUAUCCAUUGCACUAGAAGUGAUCAUCGUGGCUCAAGUGGUCAACUGGUGUGUUGAAACGAUUGAUGUUAGUGGUGAACAUCACUUCUCACCAAGGAUGACGGGUACAUCCAACUAACUAAUCCCAAAUAGGAUGAAGUGUACGAAUUUGAUCCUUUCGAAAACUGUCCUCUCUGCUCACCGUUCACACAAAAAACACACACGAACACGCACACAUAUGCGCACAAAUAUUCAGAUAUUAUGAAUUAGAGUCAUGUGUGUUUAUUACUCUGCUCUGAUUAAUUCCAUCUGCCAUUACAAAUUAAAAAAAAAAUUUCAGCUUUAUACGAUGGUAAUAACAACGGCAACAACGACAACAUCAGUAAUAACGACAAACGGCAAGAAAUCAAUGCAAAGAAGACUGUCUUUUUUUGUUUGAAAAGUCUUUUGAGAACAGAAUAAAAAGCGAACAAAACUCCUUCUCUUUUACUCAAUUAGCUUUUGAAGUUUUCAUUUGAAAA